AUGUCAACCACCAUACCCAAGACGCAGAUCGCUGCAUGGCUCGAAAAGCCCCAACCUGGUGCUCGGCUCCAGAUCAGGAACGAUAUCGAGGUGCCAUCUCCGAAAGAAGGUGAAGUGCUUGUGAAACUGGAAUAUUCCGGCUUCUGCCAUUCGGAUGUUCACAGCAUAUAUGGCGAAACCCCGAUGAGCACCGACAUUGCUGGCCACGAAGGUGUAGGAUACGUGAUUCAGCUUGGGCCUAAUGUUCCGGAGGAGAUGAUGAAUUCCAGGGUAGGAAUCAAGUCAGUCCAUCUCACGCUCUUUGGAAAUCUCAAUGCAACAGGACUCUCACUGACUCGCGGACCUCGCCCGUGGAAAGAUGGCAGUACAGCACAUGCGACUCCUGCGAGAUAUGUGCCAAUAAUCCCACGGCAUGUCCAAACCAGGUCAACUCUGGGCGGGGAAGAGUACAUCGUUACCCCUGUGAAGCAUGCCACUAGGAUCCCGGCAGGGUUGAAGUCUGAAAUUGCUGCUCCCUUGCUUUGUGCGGGUUUGACUAUGUAUUCUGCCCUCGCGAAAGCAAGACUGCGGCCAGGAGACUGGGUUGUAUUCCCCGGUGCGGGAGGAGGCUUAGGGCAUCUUGGCGUCCAGAUAGCCGCCAAACGCGGGUAUAAGGUGAUUGCCAUCGACACCGGAGACUCAAAGAAGGAAAUGUGCAUGAAGCUUGGGGCAAGCGUUUUCCUCGAUUUCAAGACUGACUCCGUUGAAGGAGAAGUCAAGCGUCUGACGAAUGGAUUCGGAGCCCAUGCUGUCAUCGUCACCGUUGGAAGCGACGCUGCAUAUGAUCAGGCGUUGAAGCUGCUCCGAAAUCUUGGGACCCUGGUGUGUAUCGGGCUGCCCAGAUCGGGAUUGGGCUUGCCAAUCUCGCCGUUCAUGAUGGUUGUGAGAAGUCUUACCAUUGUGGGCUCUUCCGUUGGUACGGCCCAGGAGAUGGAUGAACUGCUAGAGAUGGCGGUCAAGGGAGAGGUGAAGCCUGAAAUCGCUGUGUUCGAAUUUGACGAGAUAAACGAUAUUAUGGAGAAGCUUGCCCGGUUCGAGAUUGGAGGCAGAGUGGUCCUCAGACUCCCUGAGUGA